CAGACGAGUAAUACUGAUUAGCUUCAAACAAUAGUCGAACAUAUUUUCUUCGAGUAAUUACCUCGUGCUUCAGUUACUGAAAAAUUACAGUUAUGUGUAGAUGAUAUCAGCGUCAAUACAAUAAAUUCCUACACAAUGUAUCAGUAAAAUUAAUUUUUUUAUAAAGUGAAUUUAUUAAUAAAAGUAAAGUGUUAAUAAAAAAUAUUAAUGCAUAAAAAAUAGUAACCCUUGUGUACAAUAUUUAUUAUUAUAAAUAUGUCGAGUGUUUCAAGCAGUAAUUCAGAAAAUAAUUUUUCAAAAGGCGGGCUACUUUAUCAAGCUGUUCGAGAGGGUAACAUUGAAUCGGUUAAAGAAGCUAUUCGUCAAGGUAUUGAUGUUAAUAAAUUAGGACCAAGUGGUUUUUCUUCACUCCAUGUAGCAGCAUGGAAUGGAUAUCUCGAGAUCAUUAAGCUACUUAUCAAGAAUGGAGCACAUCUUGAAUCUGUGUCAAAUGGACCAAUAAAAUAUGGAUACACUCCGCUACAUCUUGCAUGUUUAAAUAAUAAAAUUGAGUGUGUAAAAGUUUUAUUGAAAUAUGGAGCAAGUGUUACUCCAAAAGCCGCCGGUGUUCACCAUCCAAUCCACAUCGCGGUAUUUAAGAAUUAUGUUGAAGUAGCGGCGUUGCUUUUGAACCAUGGCGCAGACGUGAAUCUAAGAUUUGACAAUACAUUUUUUUAUAAUAAAUGGGACAAGUUGAUUUUUUGGAAGGAUAUGGAUUUAACGCUGUUACACUGCUCGAUUGCUCGAAAAUACAAAGAAAUGACAGCAUUAUUGUUGAAGCAUGGAGCUGAUAUUAAUUUAAAGACAAGGUCAAAUAAAACAUCAUUGAUGCACGCUGUUGAAGCAAAUGAUCCCGAGUUGGUUGAAUCAUUUUUGGAGAAAGGUGCGAAUCCCAAUGAUCAAGAUAUUUAUGGUGAACCAGUAGGUUUUUUCACGGUCUUAAAUGCCAAUAGUUAUCAAUCUACUUAUAAUUAUGAAGAAUUAGAAAGAAAAUAUGAAAAGUUGGAGAUAAUGAAACUUUUAUACAAUGCCGGAACUAACAUCAACGCAAAUUUUGAACCAGUCGCUUCCUAUAGUUCACUUAUUUAUUAUGCGAUUGUCCUUGGGCACACAGAGAUCGUCAAAUUUAUACUUUUUGAGACAGACUUUAAUUAUCAAAGCCUCGAUUCCAGGGCAAUUUAUCUGGCGAGGAUUAACCCGCGCAUACUCUCCCGAAAUCCACAAGUUGACUCGAACUUCAUUAAAUAUCUCACCAAACAAUUUUUGGUUAUGAAAUAUUCUCUAGUUAUUUACGUGAUCAGUAAACAUAUGAUUGGAUGGCCAGUUGAAGAACAACUAUUAGCGACAACAGAAUCUCCUAUUGCUCCUUAUCAAUCAAUAGCACACCUGAAUCAAGACUAUAUCAAAAAUAAAAUUAAAAAUAUCAUAAACACAAUGAAAAAAACAUUUAUUGGAAAUACUAUAAUUUCUUACUGGCGUAUAUUGACUUGCAAGAAGUCAGAAUUAGUAAAAAUUUCACGUAAUCAAGAACUACAGAGCUUACGCGUAAGUGAUUAUAAAAAUGAAUUCUACCUCUAUCAUUACACGAUUAAAGUUCGUUUGGAAGCUGCCAUAGAACAAAGUAUUUUGUUCGUAAAAACAAUUGAAAUAUUAUCCUCUUUGUUUGGCGAUCACUUGAAGUACGAUUGCUGUGAACAAAUCGCAAUGUUUUUCAAUGACCAAGAAUUAAAAGAAUUAGUCAAUUUUUCGAGCGAUGAUAAAUUCUAAUCCGGCUUAAUUUUAUUUAUAUUCAAUACACAAAUUGACAUCAUUUAGAUGACAGUUUUUUUUACCAAUCAAGACACAAAAAUUUUAACAAAACAAUUAAAAAAUUAUGUCGCUGAAUAAAUAUAUGGUUAAAAGACGACAAAAGUGAUGAAAAAGCAACAAUAAGUAAAUUAUUAUCUAAAGAAUUUUUUUAAUUCCACUGACUUUUACGACGGAAAAAAGAAGAAAAAUUUUCUAUGACUCCUAGGACAAAUAUCAGUACAUUUUAUUUAUGAUAUCUAUGGGACCGCAGUUUGUUGGCCUAUCAAGGAACAAUAAUUUCGAAAAAGUAACCAGAACUUUGUCACCGAAAAAACACUUGAUUACAAGACUCGACAGAAAAAGGCCGGAGAAGAGACUGAUUUUCCAUGGCUCCUAGGAUACACAUCUGGAUGUCUAAUUAAUUCAAAAAAAAAUUGGCGUUGAGAGGAAAUAAAAUUUUUCUUUUACUUUUAUAAUUAUUUAUAAAAAAUCUCAAGUAUCUUUAUUCUUUAUACUACUUAAGUUUAUUUUAUUAAGUAGAUUUCUUUAAAAAUCGGACUAUUGCAAUGGGUCUCAUUAUCGAAUUAUCAAAGAAUUUUGCCACCAUAUAUCUUAUUUUACCUAGUAGAGUCAAAAAAUACCAUCCACUCAAAAAUUUAUAUAUGUAUGUAUGUAUGUAUGUAUAUAUAUAUAUACGAUAUAACGCGCCUUGUCAUCACGAUAGCGCCCGAAAGUAUCAACAGAUCUUAAUGAAAAUUUAUACACUUAUUUAUUGGACGAUUACCUUGAUCAAGUUCGAAGAUGAGCCCAAUCAGUCGAUUAGUUUGGAAGUUGCAGGUGUUUAAAUUUUUUUUUAUUUUCAUAAAAAUGAAUUUUAUGGCUUUAUACUUAAAUAACUUUUGAAUCGAAAAUGAUAAGUUAAUUCUGUAAAAAGUAUCUUAAAAUUCGUACAAUUAGCUUUAGUUUUUACUAUAUUACUUGUUUUUUUAAAAAUCUUGUCUAACAAUUUGAUGAUCUCGAAAAUUUCACAAAAAAUUAAAAAAGCUUAUUUUUGCGGCUUAGUCCUUUAAUAACUUCGGAAUGAUAAGGCAUAACUAGAGACAAAAUUUUUGCCUCAAUUUCAAACUGAAUGGUUCAUAUGUUUAACAUAUUAAGGCAAAAAUAUUAGUCUUAUAAAAAAAGUUUUAAAACAAAAGUUGUAGGAAAUUUAAUUUUAUAAAAAAAAUGUCUCUUAUGAUUUUUUUAUACAACGAAUAUUUUCACCGCAAUUCCAUAAUUAAGAUUCAUAAUGAAGGAUUCAAAUUUUUGAUAAUUAUGAAAAUCUAAAUUUUUAAAUUACGGCUUUCUUAUUAGUCCUAUGAAAAAAUUAUAUAAGACAUUUUUUUUAUAAAAUUAAAUUUCCUACAACUUUUGUAUGAAAAAUUUUUUUAUACGAUCAAUAUUUCCGCCACAAUAUUAAAAAUUUGAUAGCAUUAAUUAUUAAUUGUUAUUUUUAAAUCAAAGCAAAAAUCCCGGCUCUAAGCAUAACUCAUUUCCUCGAAAUUCAUGCUUAUAUUUACAAAAUAAGUAUUAAUUACACUAUUGUAGCUUAAUUGUCUUUAGAUAAGAAAUCUAGCUUUCCAUUCCGGAUAAAGCCGAACGGCUUUUUUAUUUAUAUAAAUAUUUGAAACUUUAUAUUUUAUAUUGUUGUUCUCAAUACAUUUUUUGACCGAAUAUUUUAAGUUGUAAUUAAGUUUUUCAUCUUAUUAAAUAUAAGCAAGUUUUUUAUUAUUGUAAGUCAUAAUAAAAAUUAUAAUAAAGUAAAUAGAGAUA